AUGUCAGAGACUCCUCUGAUGUCUUCAGUAAAUUCCAGCCCUACUUCAUCACCGUACGAUCUCCCUGGUGGUCGCAGUGAAUAUCGUUCGAGUCCCUGGUCUAGCCGUUGGUCUCGGUCCUUGGUGUUUGUUGCGCUCUUUGUUUUGAACAACAUCGCUUGGUCCUAUUUUUAUACUCAGAAUGGGUCGAGCUUACUCGCACAAUACUCUGAGAGUUUAGGACGACACCAGGAGGUUAUCCCGGCUAUUCAUUCCAGCUCCAAUCACAAAUCACCACGUCCAAACCAUUCAGCCAUUACUCCACGGCCGGAGACGAUUGAAAUCAUUAUGGUCAUGAUUGGUGCCGACUCAGCAACUGAAGGCACCAUGACCAUCAAGAGCGCAAUUAUGCAUUCUUCACGGCCCCUUUCCUUCCGCCUUAUUUGCAGCGACGAUGCCAUUACUAUCAUCAAACGCAAGCUGGACCUCUUCAGCCGCCCUACCUAUCCUGUGGACGUUGCGUUUUAUCCUAUGACUUUGGAGGCAAUAAAGGCUCGUGCUGACCGAGCUAAUGUUGGGACAAAUUACUUUGCUGGGAUGGGUGGACUGGUUAAGGUCUUUUUGCACGAGCUCUUACCGGGUGUUGAACGUGGUAUAUUCGUGGAUACCGAUAUGCUAUUUGUGAUCGAUCCACUUCUUUUGUGGAAUACCUUUUCAACGCUGAAGCCAGAGCAGAUGAUUGCUUUCCCGACCCUUGGUCCCAAGUCAAACGCGGCACAGAUAUGUACCUGCGUCAUGUUACUCAAUUUGUCUGCGAUGAGAGACUACAAGCGUCCUUUCAUGUCCUCUACGUUGGGCUCCGGCUGGGAGAAGAAUGGUAUCAGUGGUAAAGCCCUUGAAAAGGCGCUUAGUGGGGAUGGUUUGAUUCAAGAGCCUGGCAGCACCAAACUCAUCAAGUUUGACCCCAAGAAUCCUCUCUUUGGCGACCAGGGAAUUUAUCAUGUCAUUUGGACGCAUUUUCCGAACCUCUUUGCUCAUUUGAGCCUGCGAUGGGAUGUCACGCACUGCCGACAGGGAUACGGACUGAAGCUUGGCCACUGGAAAGAUGAUAAUGGUGAAGAGAUGUCUGAAACAGAGCAAGUCAAGAGCCAAAUCUACAUGGAAGAAGCUCCAGAGAAGCAAGACCAGCUUCUUCCCGGUAUUUUGCAUUUCAAUUGUCAAAAUCAACCAAUUGUGUGGGAAUUUGACGAGAAUUACGUCGAAAACACCUGGUCGUCUAUGAUAACCAUGAUCACUCGGUACAAAUGGAUUUGGUUGAACCGCGGUGACGGCUCUGCGAGCGUUCGGAUUAUUGUGGUAAAGAACGUUCGUUUUGAAGACGAACGCGCUGCCGAGGAGGAAAAGUUGUCUAGACUAGCGUUGGAAGAGGGUAGCACUGGCAGACGGAAAAAGGCAGCGCGUUUAGAUCGCGCCUGA